UAAGACACAGUAGAAUGCUAGCAACCAGCCCAGAGCAAGGAACACAGAGAAGGAAUACAUGAUUAUUGAUUACACAAAAAAAGGAAAAUAUAUCUUCUUUAAUGACUCAGGGAAAGCCAGCCCAGGAAGACAUACAGCUUAUUUGCAGGAUGGGAGUUUGAAAGAAAGAGAGCUUGGCUCAAGUGUGACUAUUUCUUCAAAACAUAGCAACACCUUCUGUGGUCUUUUGGGAUGUCUCCUUAAACUGAAUGGAGUGGUCCUCUUUUGCUCCCUUCUUCAUAUUGCAAAAAGACUAAAUAUUUCUGAUUAAAGAAAUUUUAAAAAUGAAGGAAUUUCUGGUAUAAACAUAUGAACAGAAAGAAAAAGGUGCAGCCAAGGUCAUCUUGAUUUGUCAUUUUCUGUCUUACACAUUUACAGUAUACUCCAGAAAGUGAACAAAAUGACCGACCCUUCACUGGUUGAUCAAAUGACCAGAUUAAAACUCAGACUUUUGGAAAAGAAACUUGAAAAUGAGCGUGAAAAUAUGGAAGACAGAACAGAAACAGCCAUGUCGGCAAGAAGUUAUGACGGACAUGAGGAUACCCUUCAAAGUGCACUAAGAAAGAGGAAAGACUUACUACAGAGACUACGAGAGGAGCGUUUACUUGAUGAAAUUGCCCGCCCCCAUACCUGGGGAGGCACACGAAGGAAAUAUGUGGAGCCUGUUCAUCAAGUUGACCCAAUGCAUAUCUAUCACGUACCACCACCAGCACCUCCUCCACCACCUCCGCUACCACCACCACCUGAACCGCUACGCAUCAUACAGCAUACCAUGCCACAACAGCCUGCAACUAUAAUCCAGCAGCUACCACAACAGCAACCCCUUAUCACACAAAUCCCUCCUCCACAGCCUUUACAACCAAUCAGAUCGGGCAGUAUUAAGGAAGAUAUGGUGGAGCUUAUGUUGAUGCAGAAUGCUCAAAUGCACCAGAUUAUUAUGCACAACAUGAUGCUAAAAGCGCUGCCACCAAUGGCAUUCUCAGCAGCAAAAACUCAGAACCCACAGCAGGACUUGCAGACAGCAUCUCCAAUUCUGGUAAAAGCAGAAAAACCAAGACCUUCCUCAGUUCAUCAUCAUCAUCAUUAUGCUCCUCCAGGGAUCCAAUCCAAUGGUCCACCCAUUCCUCCAGUGGGCUAUCCUAUGUGGGCAUCUACAAUGCCAUCAAACCUUACAGGGCAACUUAACGGAUUCCCUCCAGCAAUACAUCAUAUGACCAAUCUUCCUCCAAUGAACACGGUACCUGUAGAUGAUUCAUUUCCCCGUGUACCACAAGGCCUAUGAGCUAUCUGUUGCCACACAGAUAAAGCACAACAAAGUGAGACGUUACAUUUGUACUGACUGUAACCAGAAAAGUGCCAUGCCUGAAUUACUUUCACUUGCCCUAAUCUUGCUUUUAGAUGCCAUGUUGAUCCAUCUAAUCAGCUAAUACACAGGCCUGGAGUUCCAACAGUAAAACUAAGACAUUUUAUUCCAAGCCAUAUGUAACAGAACCAAGUCUAACAGACAGAAAAAAUCAAUAAUAUGAUUCAGCAAUGGCAUUGUACAGCUGUGUUCUUGGGUUAAUGAACCUCUUUUUUUCUAAUCAGGAACAAGGAACUGAACAAUGCCAAAUUCUACUGGUGACUUAUCAAAACAGGUGUUUUCAUAGCUGAGGCUAUCAGAACAUCAAUUUAUUUAAUUAAUGAAUGUAUAUUUCCUAUGUGUAUUGAAAAAAAGCUGUAAUGCAAUUUAGGAUGUGAAUUACAAGAUUAACAUAUUGUCAUGUGGCAUAAUUUGGGGUAGAUGAAUUGCAGGACCACUGAAUAGGGCUGCCACCUUUUCAAAUGGCUAAAGUGGGACAUUUUUGGUACAAACAUCAGAUUUUACAGGCCGACACAU